CAUAAAGCUUCAGUCACCACUAAAGUCUUGUGCGCUUUUCUAGUACUUAUUUCUUUUUAGUGCCAAAUUCGUGUAUUACAAACAAAGUGAAUGAGGACUAAGUGAACACCUUGAUAAACAAAAAUACAGUUUUAUUUGGCACGAUCUAAAAACAGCUUCGUACCGUCUCGUGGUCUGAAAUAAAAAACUAAUAUUUUAUAAUGGAGGUUGAUCUAAAAAACAAAAUUGUUGUUGUAACGGGUGGCGCUACCGGAAUUGGAUAUAGCAUUGCCGAGAAUUUCUCUAAGCAAUCCGCCACUGUCAUUAUACUGGACCUCAACGAGGAUGCAGGUAAACAAGCUAUCGAACGUUUGGGAAUCGAUAAAACUGUAUUCGUGAAAUGCGAUUUGAAAACUGAUAUAGACAGGGCGUUCAAUGAAAUCGUUGAGAAAUACAAACGCAUCGAUGUUCUAGUCAACAACGCUGGUGUCGGAGGUACAGAUUACAAAACAUGCAUAGAUAUAAACUUUACAGCAUGUGUAACACUAAGUUUGAAACUGUACCAUUAUAAUAUGAGCCGUGAUGAAAGGUCAGAGAGCACAAUUAUAAAUAUUUCUUCAAUUCUGGGCUACCGGAUUUCACAAUUUAUUCCAAUAUAUCAAGCUACGAAAGCCGGCAUGAUUACCUUCACCAGAUCGUUGGGUCACGAGGGGAAUCUUCAAAAGUCUGGCGUUCGUGUCGUGGCUCUGUGCCCUGGCUUCACUAAAACUAAUUUAACUAGACCCUUUUUCGAAGAGGACACUAGUUCAAUUCCUGCGGAUUUAUUGGCAUAUGCAAUGGCGCACACCUGGCAAGAACCAAGCGACGUCGGGUCCGCAUCUCUGGAAGUAUUCAAGAGAGCACCGAGCGGUUCUAUUUGGUUGAUCGAAGGUGGGAACCUUGAAGAGAUUCUUUUUCAAAAUUGAACCAUGAUCAACUUUACUCGAAACUAGCGACCCGCCCUUGCUUCGCUUCGGAAACUGUAAUUUAUUAUUAAUUUCUCCAUUAUUUAAUGGAUGUUAUUAUACAUAUAAACCUUCCU